AUGGAAAUACCAGCAGAAGAGCAAGAUAAGACGGCUUUUGUAACACACAAAGGGAAAUGGGUCUUUAAACGCCUCCCCUUCGGAAUUGCGAAUGCUCCCUUCUUGUUUGCCCGUAUGAUGUCCCUAGCCUUUUCUCACUUUGGACCACGCAGUGGACUUCUAGUGUACAUGGACGACAUCAUCUGCUGCAGUUCUACUUGGGAGAGCCAUCUAACUUUAUUAGAAAGCAUGCUCCAGGCCCUCCAAGCUGCCGGUCUCACCCUGAAACCCACUAAAGUACAAUUUGGACCAAGAGAAGUCAAAUACUUGGGACACAUACUGUCUGAGAAAGGGAUUCGCAUAGGUGAAGAUCGCAUUAAAGCCAUUAUUGACUUACCUACACCCAAAACCAUUAAAGAACUUCGUUCGGCUUUGGGCAUGGUCAAUUUUGUACGUAAGUAUAUACCCGACCUUUCUACGGUAAUCGCGCCGCUAGUCGAACUCACGCAGAAAGAGCAUGUGAAAUCAAUCGCAAAACGAUGGAAUCAGGAACACGAUAAGGCGUUUGCAGAGGUAAAACGUUUACUCAGCGAAGCCCCCGUACUAUGUUUCCCUGACUUUACCAGAUCUUUCGUGGUUCACGUUGAUGCCAGUGAAGUUGGUGCAGGAGCAUUCCUAGCCCAAAAGAAUGGUGACGACCUGAAUAUUAUUGCAUACUUCAGCCAGCGAUUUAACAAAGCUCAACGCCACUACUCCCCCACGAUGAAAGAAUGUUACGGAGUUGUUUUGAGUUUACAACACUGGAGACCCUACCUGUGGGGUAAACAUUUUGAAGUCGUGACGGAUCAUGCGGCGUUAAGAUAUUUGUACACGAUGCAAGACACGUCUAAUAUGCUGACUAGGUGGGCGAUUGCUUUGCAGUCUUUUGACUUUACCGUGCGACACAAGCCGGGAAGGUUACACGUAGUCCCAGACACACUCUCUCGGUUGUUUGCGUUUGAUCACCAACAACAGUUGGAAACCCCGCAACUAGCACCGAUUUGCAGAAAUGUGCCGCAGGACCCUGCAUUACAAUCUAGUGUCCCACAACGUCCGUACCAAGUGUCUGCAGAUCGCCUGGAUAACCUGCAACCAGUCCAAAGCGAUCGCGAAUUAUUCGCUGAGAAAUCAGUCUAUGUUAGCGCGACCAAUGUCUUUGAGACGAUUAAUCACGACGUUUUGCGUGAAAAGCAAGCUCUCGAGUACGGCACAUAUAUCGACUAUCUUACGAAAGAUGACGCCCGAUUACCUGAUAACGAGACAACAACUUCCAUGUCGUACUACUUUGUGCGCGACGAGUUGCUGCAUAAAUCGUAUCUAUCAGGUUACCUCCGGAAACGCAGUACGUUUAGUGACCAAUUAGUAUUACCACAAGCUCUAACCGGGUUGGUGAUGCAUGCAUAUCAUGACCACGUAUUGUCCGGAGGCCACUUAGCGUCUAGACCAACUUAUGAGAAGAUCCGCCAAAAAUAUUGGUGGCCAACCAUGAAUCGAGACGUCCGUACUUGGUGUCAAGAAUGUCAAGCCUGUCAACGUCGAAAAACGGCCCACAACCGAAACAAGCUCCCAACGGGACAUGUACCUGUACAAAGACCGUUUGAACGUAUUUCGGUUGAUUUAGUCGAAUAUAACGUAGAAUCGGUUUCAACCGCCUGGGUACGAUGCAAAUAUGUUCUCUCUACGAUGGACCAUCUAACCCGAUUCACCGUGUUGACUCCGAUUCCCAAUAAAUCAGCAGCCACUGUUGCGCAGGCCAUUAUCGAUCGCAUCAUAGGCAUAUUUGGAGCGCCUGAAAUGUUGCAUUCCGGGCGAGCUUAG